AUGGAGCAGGCCCUCGAUUUGCCAGAAAUCCUCGCCGGCAUCGGACAAUACCUCACCGCCAAAGACAUUCUCUCCUGCAUGAGAGUACGCAAGUCAUGGAAAGUCGAAUUCGGACCACUGCUUUGGCGUACCUUCACCAGCCGACCCUACAUCAAGAAUGACCCGGCUUCUCCACCCCAGCCAAGUCUCGCACUCCUGAGGGAGAACGCACCCAAUGUCCGCAGACUGGUGAUAGAAUAUAUGAACCCCGCCUAUCAAGCUUCAUUUUUCUGCCAGUGCCGUCAAUUAGAGGAAAUUGUUCUUGCCAAUCCUAGGCAUGUAGGCAACUAUAGGUACGAGAGUCAUGAGGUAUUUCUGUGGUCAUCCCUGGCAGCGGCGAUCAAGGACCAUCCGCGUCUACGCAAGUUCGUCAUCGAGCCGUCUCUUGAGAUCGAGUAUGCGCCCACAUCAAGGUUUAUUAGCGCUCUAAAUACCUGUUCCAAGCUCAUCGUCCUGGAGACCGCGGAGUGCGUGUUUGAUUGCAACCUGGUCGUACCCUAUCUGCAAACUAUCUCAAAUAACAUCAGGCGGUUUUUGACUCAACAGGAUAUAUAUGAACCAUUCAAAUUCCCGGAUGACCUCGUCUUCCAGGAAAUGCGAUACCUGGAUCUGCGGGAUAUCGUUAUGCCAGUCAGCCAGCAACUUACCUGGAUCAGCCGCUGCCCUAAUUUGAUUUCGCUUUACUGGCGCUCACAGGACGAGUUUCCAGGAGAAGAGUUCUGUCAAAAGAUCCCACAAGCUUGUCGAAACUUGACGUCUCUUCAUCUGCUGUUCAAUCUCGAGGACGAAGAGAUUGCAUCUGUCUUAAAAGCAUUCCCGCGGCUCGAGAAGCUUUCUUUCACCCACACGGAUUUUGACACGGAAGCGUUUGCGGCUCUCAAGCGACAUUUUCCAACACUCAAAGACAUCAACCUGCAGUACUGUGGCGGUGUGGAAAGUCAUAUGGUCCAGGAAAUUUUGGCUUCGUGUUCCAACCUACAGAGUAUCAGCGCCGACGAAUUAGGACAGGAGGAUAUGGUCAAGCAGCCGUGGGUUUGCAGGAACUUGCAGAUGAUUGAUGUGGGCAUAUGUGUCGAUGCCCGUGGUGGGAAGACAGAAACGCUGGAGAGACAUCGGCAAGUCUAUGAGCGACUGGCGCAAAUGACGGAGCUGCAGUACUUGUCUAUUUGCAACAACGAUGGCAUGCCGGACUAUGGACCGAGUUUCAGCUUGCUGAAGCUGUCAAUGGAUGCAGGGUUAGGACGGUUGGAUAUGCUGAAGAAGUUGAAGGUGUUCAGCUGCAAGCAAGCGCUCGGUGAGAGUCUUGCAGAUAGACAAGCUAUCGAAGCCGUGCAGUGGAUGGUCGAUCAUUGGAAGAGACUCGAGGUGGUGGAAGGUGCUCUGGACUCGAGCAUGUUUGACACAACCCACGAUACUACGAAAGAUGGCGAGACGGUGCAGGGGCUUCUUAAAGCUCGAGGGAUUAAAUUUCUGGACUUUAUUGCCGCGAUGGAGCAGCGCGACGCAAUCUUUGGUGACGCGUACGAUAGCUAUUUUGACGACGAUUACGGCCUUUUCGAAGGAGAUAUGUUUGGUUUGACGGAUUUGGAUGAGGACGAGGACUUCGACGAUGACUAUGACUACGACCAGGACUAUAGCGGACCAGAGCUCGAGCAGGCGACGGAUGAUGAGGACGAGUGGAUAGACGAGGAUUAG